GAGGAUCCCGUCCUCGUUCCGUAAUUUCCAGUAUAUGAGUAGUGGUGAAGCUGAAGAACAAGAAUCGCAUUGAUUGAAGAGAAGUAGUAGUUUGGGUUCUUUAUAAUUUCCAGCAUCUUGCCAAAGCCAUCCUCCACUUUUUGAAUCGCAUUUGGUUUUCGUUUUCCGUAUUAUUUUCAGCGACCAGAAGUAGACAGAAAGCGGAACCACAGUAGUUUAUUCUUCAUGAAGCAGUAGGAACAGGAAGUUGAACAACAACUGAAGUUGGGUACUAGUUAUCUUCCUGUCUCAAGAUUGACUGUAGUAGAUGACAAGUACUUCUUUAUACGCUCGUAUAUUAAGAUAAAGUAACAGUAGACAUUGAUAUACAUCAUCCCAAAACCGACGAACCAUGGCGACGGCGGGUAGUUUCACGGGCUACAAAAACGAGCCCGACACGAAGGGCGAGGUGAUUUUGCACACGAAUUUCGGCCCGCUGCAGAUCGCUUUGUGGUCCAAGGAGGCCCCGAAAGCAUGCCGGAACUUUGUGCAGAACUGCCUGGAGGGCUACUACGACAACACCACGUUUCACCGGAUAAUAAAAGACUUCAUGAUCCAGGGUGGCGACCCCACGGGAACCGGCAACACGUGUGAAUCUAUCUACGGGGAACCGUUUCCGUUAGAAAUCCAUGGCCGACUGCAGUUCCGGCAACGCGGGAUGAUGGGGGUGGCCAAUGCAGGUACUUAGUGGUUCAUCCUUAUCAAUCUUCGUCGUGUAGCAUUUAUGGAUAGAAAUUUCUACGUGUAUCUAACUAUAGUGAUCAACAGUUACAGUUUCAUUUCAUCUCGGGCGCUGCAAGAUAAUUGAACAUGAAGAACUCGCAGUAUUUACAAGAAGUCUUGCAAGGUAAAAAGCCGCAGUCUGUCAACAUGCGAAGUUGCUAGCAUUUCACCCCGUUUUUUUGUCAUGCAAAAAGCACAUCAACUCUUGUCUUGUCUACGUCUACUCAGGUAAGCACACGAAGACCAACGGGUCGCAGUUCUUUUUCACGCUGGGCCCCGCCCGGGACCUGGACAAGGUGCACACGCUGUUUGCCAAGGUUGCGGGCAACACGCUGUACAACCUGACCAAAAUGGCGGAGGUGGAGACCGAUGCGAAGACGGAUCGGCCGCUCGCGGAGGACCCGAGCGACCUGCCCAGGAUAACCCACGUGGAGGUGACGCACAAUCCCUUUGACGACAUCGAGAUCCGGGGGGACGUUCUGCAGAAGAACCAGCUGCGAAAGAUGGAAAACAACUGGAAGUCCACGAUUGCCAAGCGGAAGGAGGAGGAGCUGCAGGACAAAAAGAUCCAGGUCGUGAAGAACAAAAACGUCCUGGCGCUGGAGGACAGCGACGAGGAGGAGAGCGACAGUAGUGGGUCUACUGCAGGACGAAAAAAGGAGAAGAACGCGACUACCGUAGCAUCGGCUGCAAAGAAGUUCAAGAUUCGUUCCGCGCACGACAUGCUGGAAGACGAGCGGUUACUCAAGAAAAAGGCCUACGAAAACGUGGACCUCAGUCAAAACGCCGCGCUUCUGAGCGGCACCAAAAUGGCGGAGGGAGGAGGCAAGCGAAAGCGAAAUAAACACGACGCAGACUCGAGCGACGCGUCCUCCGGGAGUAGGUCACCAGGUAGGAGAAAUAAAGCGGGGGAGGGGAUCGAUUCCGAAGAAGAUUCGGACCUUGACGCGGUGCAAGACGCGAAGCAAAAGCGAAAGCAGGAGGAGCAGAGAAAGAGGCAGCAAAAGAUCGACGAGCUGAAGCAAGGAAUCCAGGACCAAUUUGAGGGCAACGGCAAGAAGAAAAAAGAGAAGAAGAAAAAGAAGAGCGACCUGCUACUCGACCAAUUCCUGCAAGACGAGGGCAACAAGGCAACCAAGGGAAUCAAACGAAACCGCGGGGGCGGCGACAAUCUGCCGGGGGGCGAGAGCCUGCACCGCAACCGAGGGGGGCAGACCAGCUUCAACAUGCUGGCCGAAUUCGAGAAACGCCUGAAAAACGCGAAACGCAUUCAGCCCACGCGCGACGAAAACGGGAACGAAACGAAGAAGAACAACGAGGAAAACGGUGUCGACGACGAGGAUGACGCGGUUUUUGGGCUCACGGGCGGCUUAAAAUUCCACACCUCGGCCGACAAGGCUUUCAAGCUGGCGGAGGAGCAAGCACUCCGUGCGAAGCAGUUGCGGGAACGACGCCCGCUCACGGAAGGCGAAAUCUUGGCGCAGAAAAAGGACAUGAAGGCCUCGAGAGGUGGAAUAAAGCGAUAAUGGAUAAAGAAGUACCUAAUUCUUGUGUAAACACGUACAUAAAAAACUAAAUGAACGAAUAACUACGUGCGUAGUUGUUACGACAAAAGGAUCGGCUCCCGGAUAGAAGCAAACAAAAGUAGUGUCUUAUUUUUGCUGUGGUCCACUAGCUACCACAGACAAAGAGAAGUCACGUCGUUUGCUUUUCAUCAAUAACACAACUUCAGUGCUGCUUCUGUUCGCGUGGUCUUCGACUGACGAGAG